GCAAAAGUACUUCUGCUCAUUUUCCGUUUUAUAUUUUUAACUUAAAUCCAAAUGAAUAUGACUCACAAUUGUUUUGGAUUUAAUAUAGUUUGGUCAUAGUUUUCAUGCAUUUGUACUUUUUGUUGGAGCUUCAAUGAAGGUGAAAUAAAAUGUCUCAAAUGUACGGUAACGCCGUACAACCGCAGAGGAGACAAACGAAAACGUGUAUGAGGAGUUUAUACAUCCCACCGGCUCAUAUGGAGCCACAAGACAAGAUGAUGCUUGCAAGAAAAAUUCGGAAAGAAAAAAACCGAAAAAUCAUUUGCUACAACAUUGCCAUAACUACAGCUCUCAUCUUAACUUUUGGACUAGCAGCAUGUGGAAUGUUUUUCGCUGUUCAGAAUAAUAAUAGAAUCCAAAAACUAAUGGAAGAAUUGGAAGUGAAAAUUGAGAAUCUUACGACCAGAGUGAUGCACAAUCAUGAAGGUAUAGAAUUGAAAGUGAAAAUUGAGAAUCUUGCGACCAAAGUGAUGAGCAAUCAUGAAGAUAUUUCUUCGCUUCAAGAAAUGGUUUCUUCUAUAAAUGUUUCUAUCCAUGCCACGAAGCAUCAGAUAGAUCGUUUAGUAACCGUACGUUGGAUGGGAAACAACUCUUAUCGCUCUGGUCGUGUUGAAGUUUUUCACACCGGUAAAUGGGGGACGAUCUGUGAUGAUCAUUGGGGACAAGAAGAAUCAAACGUUGUCUGUCACAUGCUCGGUUUCGGAAACGCUUCAAGAUAUUAUGAUCGUGCGCGUUUUGGAAGAGGAAGUGGGAAUAUAUGGCUCGAUGACGUCCAAUGCACUGGAAAUGAAAGCGACAUCACUCAUUGUCAACAUAAUGGUUGGGGCUCGGAUAAUUGUAAUCACGGCGAAGAUGUUUCCAAUAAUUUCAGAAUCCAGAGACUAAUGGAAGAAAUGGAGAUGAAAAUGAUAAUGAUGAAAGACCAUAUCAGAGAGAUUGAAAACAAGACAAAUUUAAUCAGCAUCUAUCAUGAAGAUUCUUCUUCUUAUGUAAAGGAUUCUAUCGAUACUAUGCAACUAACUCUGCGUCAUAUAGAAAGUUUAGAAUAUCCGAUAGCUGUGCGAUUGUUCGGAGGAAACAGCACUCAACGUUCAGGUCGUGUUGAAAUUCGUUACAACGGUAUAUGGGGAACGAUCUGUGAUGAUAAUUGGGGACAGAAAGAAUCAAACGUUGUCUGCCACAUGCUUGGUUUCGGAAACGCCUCGAGCUACCACGAUGAAGCGUAUUUUGGAGAAGGUAAUGGGAAUAUAUGGCUCGAUGACGUCCAAUGCACUGGAAUUGAAAGCGACAUCACUUAUUGUCUACAUGUCGGUUGGGGCAAUAACAAUUGUGGUCAUUACGAAGAUGUUUCCGUUGUCUGCGAAUCUGUACCUGUACCUACUGUAUCUGAGACAAACGAAAACGUGUAUGAGGAGUUUAUACAAUCCACCGGCUCAUCUGGACCCACAAGACAAGAUGAUUCUUGCAAGAAAAAAUCGGAAAAGAAGAAUCGAAAAAUCAUUUGCUACAACAUCGUCAUAACUACGGCUUUCAUCUUAACUUUUGGACUAGCAGCAUGCGGAAUGUUUUUUGUGUUUCAGAAUAAACACAGAGUCCAAAAACUAAUGGUUGAAAUGGAAAGGAAAAUGAUAACAAUGGAAGAUCGUAUGAGAAAAAUUGAAAACGAGACAAACUUGACCCGCAUCAAUCAUGAAAAGAUGGAGAUGAAGAUGGUAUCAAUAAAAGAUCAUAUGAGAGACAUUGAUAUCGACACAUAUUUGAUCCGCAUCAAUCACGGAGAGUUUUCUUCUUCUGUGAAGGAUUCCAUCGAAACUAUGAAACAAACUCUGUAUCAUAUAGAAAGUUUAGAAUAUCCGAUAGCUGUGCGAUUGUUCGGAGGAAACAGCACUCAACGUUCAGGUCGUGUUGAAAUUCGUUACAACGGUAUAUGGGGAACGAUCUGUGAUGAUGAAUGGGGACAAGAAGAAUCAAACGUUGUCUGUCACAUGCUAGGUUUCGGAAACGCGUCAAGCUACCAUGAUGAAGCGUAUUUUGGAAGAGGUAAUGGGAAGAUAUGGCUCGAUGACGUCCAAUGCACUGGAAAUGAAAGCGACAUCACUUAUUGCAGACAUAAAGGUUGGGGCAAUCACAAUUGUGGUCAUCACGAAGAUAUUUCCGUUGCCUGCGAUUCUGUGCCGGAAUCAUGCGAUUUUCUUCCACUGUCAAAUUGCUUGUGGAAUCGUCGCUGGCGCAAAUAUUUCAACAGAAUAUAUUUGUUAGUUAAAGUAUAUGAUGCUGGCAAGAAAAUUUUGGAAAGAAAGAAUCGAGAAAUCAGUUCCUGUAACAUUGUUAUAACUACAGCUCUAAUCUUAACUUUUGGACUAGCAGCAUGCGGAAUGAUUUUCGUUGUUCAGAAUAAUAACAGAAUCCAAAAUCUAAUGGAAGAAUUGGAAGUGAAAAUUGAGAAUCUUACGACCAAAGUAAUGCGCAAUCAUGAAGAAAUGGUAACAAUGAAAGAUCGUAUCAGUGAGAUUGAAAACGAGAAAAACUUGAUCCGUGUCGAUCAUAAAGAAUAUCCCAUUGCUGUUCGAUUGGUCGGAGGAAACAACUCCCAAGGUCGUGUUGAAGUUCUUCACUGUGGCUCAUGGGGAACGAUCUGUGAUGAUAAUUGGGGACAGGAGGAAUCAAACGUUGUCUGUCACAUGCUUGGUUUCGGAAACGCUUCAAGAUAUUAUAGUAAUGCACACUUUGGAAGAGGAUGUGGAAAUAUAUGGCUCGACGAAGUCCAAUGCACUGGAAUUGAAAGCGACAUCACUCAUUGUCGACAUGAACCUUGGGGCGAUAACGAUUGUAGUUCUAGCGAAGAUGUUUCCGUUGUCUGCGAUUCUGUCCCGUAAUCAUGGAGCACAAAAAAAUAUUUACUAUAUAAUACAACAUUAUUAAAGAAAGACACAAACUUAACCAAACUUCUGUUUGUUUGUUCGUAAGAAAACUACGUUACAAAAAAGUCUCGAAUGAGUUAUGAAAUCAACGAAUAAUAUGAUAUUAUAUUCUGAUCCUUUUUCUGAACAAACAUUCAAAUAUCUUGACUAAUCGUGAUAUUACCACUUCAAGAAACUUUGAAAAUGUGAAUUUUAAUUUUGUAAAUUUUAUUGCAAUUGAUAUCAACCAUAAAUCUAUUUCUGAACUUGACACAUUUGAGAAUACAAUCGUUCAAGUUCCUGUGCAAGUUAGAUAUAGAUAUACCCAGCGACCAAGCUCACUUUCAUUUAUCUGGUUUUGUCAAUAAGAAAACUUUUCGGUACUGAGCGGAAAGUAACUCCUACAGACCUACAUAUAAGACGUAACAGCGCGGUGUGCAGUUGCGAGUUUUCGCGUUUGUGGUCAUAUUUUUUGAGGAAACAGCGGUUUAAAGAUGUCAAAACUCAAGAUCCCUAGAGAAAAUGCAACGAUAUUGUUUCAACAAGAUGGAGCAAGACCGACCAAAGCCAAAGCCAUUGAUGCUGGAUUGAAAGCUGCCAUUUGCAAACAAUAACGGGAAAUGACUCAGAAGAGAAAACUGUACAAUAUGCUUACAAAAUUGCAGCUGUAUCUUGAAGGCCUAGUUAUUCUAGCCUUACCCUGUAUAAGAAAACGCAUAAUAAUGGUUUGCAUUAUUUUAAACGACUGUGGGUGAAUAUCUUUUUAUUUGUAAUAAAUAUGACAUUUUAUGCUCCUUUUUGUUCUACGUAUAAAAUCAGUUUGAAACAUGAAUGUUAUACAGUAAGCGUCAACGUGGAUCGUGCUAUGGUAUUUUUGUUAUGGUUCUUGUACGCGUUUUGACUUGACUAAACCAAAUACGUGUUUUAGUUGUUAAAAAUGAUCGCAUCUUCAGAAAGACAUUUGCGUUUAUUCCUUUUUU